AUGCCUUUAGAGGACAUAGUGAAAAGUUUGGCAACUAGUACACAAGUUUUCCAACAAGAGACAAAAGCAAGCAUAAAGAACUUAGAGAAACAAGUUUCACAGCUUGCUAUUUCCAUAAGCAAACUAGAAUCUCAAGGAAUGUUGCCUGCCCAAACUGAAGCAAACCCAAGGCACAAUGUAUGUGCCAUCACAUUGAGAAGCGGGAAGAGUUAUGAUGGUCCAAAAUUGUCGGUUGAUCAAAAGGAAGAAGAAAUAGUAGUUGAAGAGACGACCAAAGAAGAGAAGGAGGAAGAGAAAACAAUUGAAAAGAGGCCCUUCAUCAGUGAGUCUAAAGCCACACCUGCUUCAUUUCCCGAAAGAUUAAAGAGCACGAAGAAAGAAAGGGAGGAGAAUGAGAUCAUGCAAAUGUUCAAGAGAGUUCAAAUCAAUGUUCCACUCCUCGAGGUCAUCAAGCAGGCACCUAGAUACGCAAGGUUCCUUAAGGAUCUUUGUGUAUCUAAAAAGAAAUUAAAAGUAAAUCAAGUCGUAACGGUUGGGGAGCAUGUAUCUGCGGUUUUGCAAAAGAGGAUGCCCCCGAAGUGCAAGGAUCCCGGUGUCUUUACCGUGCCUUGCAAGUUGGGAAAUAUUUAUAUACCCCGAGCUAUGCUUGAUCUAGGUGCAUCCGUAAAUGUCCUACCAUAUUCUCUUUUCAAAUCAAUUGGUGUAGGAACAUUGAGCAAAACCGGUGUGAUCAUCCAACUUGCUGACCGGUCUUUGGUACACCCAAAGGGAGUAUUAGAGAACGUGUUAGUGCAAGUCGAUGAAUUGUCUUCCCGGCUGAUUUUUAUGUCUUAG